CGGGACCCCUCCGGUAGCUCCUCCUCCUGCCGCUCUCUCCCAGCCCGCUGCCCGCCCGCUCGCCUGCUAGCUUGCGCGCUCGCUGGCUGGCUGGCUCGGAGGCGGAGGAAGCCGUGGCGGCUCCUUUAACACUCCCGAGUUCAGCCCGGGGUCAGGCGGAGUUCGCGGCCCGGCCUUUACCUUUUCCGCCGUCGCUGUGCUCCCGGCACAUGGGGGCCAGCCGGCGCAGCCUCCACCAAGCGGCCUGAGGCGCUGGCGAAGGGCGCAGAAGAGCCGCCGCCGCCGCCGCCGCCGCCGCCGUGGCAGCCGUGGCAGCCGAAGCGAGCCAUGCGUGUCCACACGGACCUCGCCUGCCUGGCGGAUCCGACGGGGCUUCCAGGCGCAGCGAUGUUGGAUGCCUCGGAGGCGACGGGCCACUCACGGCAGCUGCUGCUCCAGCUCAACGCGCAGCGGACCAAGGGCUUCCUCUGCGACGUGAUCCUGGUGGUGCAGAACGCGCUCUUCCGCGCCCACAAGAACGUGCUGGCGGCCAGCAGCGCGUACCUCAAGGCUCUGGUGGUGCACGACAACCUCAUCAACCUGGACCAGGAGAUGGUCAGUCCAGCCGUCUUCCGCGCCGUCCUCGACUUCAUCUACACCGGCCGCCUGGGGCCGGGGGCCGAGGCCGAGGCCGAGGCGGCCGGCGGCACAGGCGCGGAGCCCGCCUUGGGAGCCGUCCUGGCCGCUGCCAGCUACCUGCAGAUCCCGGACCUGGUGGCCUUGUGCAAGCGGAAGCUGAAGCGCUCCGGCAAGUACUGCCAGCUCCGCGGCGGCGGUGGCGGCAGCUAUUCGGCCUCCGCGCCCUUCGGAAAGCUGGCCAGGGGACUCCGCGCCGCCACGCCGGUAAUCCAGAGCUGCUUCGGGGCGCCGCCGCGGCCGCUGGAGCCGAGCAAUCCGCUCAGCACCCACUGCGGGGAGCUGUAUGCCGCCGCGGCCGCGCAAGGAACCACGCUGCACCCGCACGGCCUGUGCCCACCUCUCUGCGGCCUCGACCUCUCCAAGAAGAGCCCGAACGGGCCCUCCCCACAGUUGCCCCCGCCGCUCCCGCCCGAGAGCCGCCUCCGAGUAGCAAUGGAGAACCGCGAGAGCGUUCUGCCGCCCCGGCCGGAGAGCCCCGCGUUGCUGCCUGCCCACGCGGCCUUCGGGGAGACGGCCUCCGCCGCGCCGCUGCAGGCCUCCUACCCCCACCUGCACUACCGCAGCGGCGGCAGCAGCCCCGGGACCGAGCCGAGCGCUCGCGUCGAAGUGGCGCCCGAAUUCCUGUACCGCUGGAUGAAGCAUGAGCCCCUGGUGGCGGGCUACGUCGAGGAGGAGGAGGACGACGACGACGACGACGAGGGGGACUGCGGCGGCGCCCGGCGGGACCAGGGUGGCGGCGGCGGCAGCGGCGAGGGUGGACUGGAACAGCAGGCCCAAUCGCCUUCCGGGCCGCCUCCGCGCCACUACUUGGAGAGCGCGGAGCCCGACGGGGAGGCCGAGGAUCUGGAGCCUGAUAAGAGCACCAGCGAGGAGACGGGCUGCAGCAGCGGCGGCCCUUCUCCCGCGGGGGGCAGCCUGGAGCGCUACCUGGGCUACGAGCCAGAGAGCUUCGGCGGCGACAACCUGUACGUCUGCAUCCCCUGCGGGAAGGGCUUCCCAUCCUCCGAGCAGCUGAACGCGCACGUGGAGGCCCACAACGAGGAGGACGAGCUGUACCGCAAAGAAGCAGCCGAGGCGGCGGCGGCGGCGGCGGCGGCGGCGGGGCAGGGCUCGUCCUACCUGGACAAGGCGCCCCCGCUGCCGCCGCCCCCGCCGCCGCCGCCGCCCUCGGGGGGCCCGCCCGGCUGCGACCUGCUGCGCCCCUAUCGCUGCGCCUCCUGCGACAAGGCCUACAAGGACCCAGCCACGCUGCGCCAGCACGAGAAGACGCACUGGCUGACGCGGCCCUACCCCUGCUCCAUCUGCGGCAAGAAGUUCACCCAGCGCGGGACCAUGACGCGCCACAUGCGCAGCCACCUGGGCCUGAAGCCCUUCGCCUGCGACGCCUGCGGGAUGCGCUUCACGCGCCAGUACCGCCUGACCGAGCACAUGCGCAUCCACUCCGGCGAGAAGCCGUACGAGUGCCAGGUCUGCGGGGGCAAGUUCGCCCAGCAGCGCAACCUGCUCAGCCACAUGAAGAUGCACGCCGCCGCCGCCGCCGCCGCGGCCGCCGGCCCCGACGGGAAGCUGAAGCUCGACUUCCCGGAGGGGGUCCUGGCCAUGGCACGCCUGGCGCAGCAGCCCCCCCCGGACAAGGAACUCUUCCAGCACACCUCGCACUUCCUGGCCGCCGCCGCCGCCGCCGCCGCCGCCGCCGCCGACCCCAAGGCGGCCCUGGAGAGCCUCUACCUCGGGCUCAGCCCCGACAAGACGGCGGAGGUGCUGGCCCAGGGAGCCGUGGCGGCCGCCGCCCACCUGCACAACGACCACCACGCUCGGACCAUAGGCCGCUUCUCACCCCCCUGACCCGCGCUCUCCCUGGGCCCGGGGAGGGCUCCCUUUCUGACCAGGGGAGCGACUCGCCCUCCACCCCGGAAGGUGGCCACCUCGGGGCUACCGCCAGCACAGGGGCGACCCUCGGCUGCGUCCCCAGCCUUCCGCUGCGUUUCAGCGCUGCUCCCUACCCCUCUCCUCCUUUCUCUCCCGCCAAAGCAAAGAAUAGCCAAUUCGUCCCUACCUCAAAUGCUCCCCUCCGCCCCACACCUCUUCCGAACCCAGAGGUCUCCGGCUGCAGGGCAGGGUAGGGGGCGGCGGGCGGCGCCUCUCCCCUGGCGACGCUAAGGCCAGAGCACCUGCGUGAAAGGGGCGCGUCCGCCUUGCCCGCCGGGGCUGGGGGGGGGCGAAGCAGAUUGGGUUUCCCCCCGCCCCCCGGGUGGGAGACGGUGUGUUUCUCCAGAAGAGGGAGAAGGACCGUGUCCACGGGGCGGGUUCCCCCACGCCGGCUGUAGAGGAGCCUCGGCAGUUAAGCUAGCAGGGGAUGGAAAAUCUCAAGAUAUGGCGGGCGGAGCUGGGCUGGUUCUGAUCCCCGGAAGCCUAGACAGCUGACAAGGGGCAAACCCCCCCCCCCCCCAUUUCGCUGUCAGGUCGCCCAGCUGGGGUUUGGAAGCUGCAGCCCAUCUGGGGGCGCUCGGAGUCACCCGGCCCCCGACCCUGGGGAGGGGUGGACAGGUGUGUCAGCUGGACCCUUGGCGAACCCCUGGUCAGCAACGCUCCCGAAUAGGCGUCCUGUCCUCCAGAGGCAGAGUGCACUCGUGGCCGGGAGGCGAGUCCCUCGGAACACCCGAGCAAAGCUUCGGG